AUGAUCCAAUCAGUCGUGCCCUUGCUAGAUCACAUCGUGGUGCUGAUCCCACAUUCGUUCCUGGCCUCCCCGCCCCAAUGGUUUGUCGACCUGUUCACCUACUUCCCGGGCGGCCAGCAUGCCGACAGGCUGACGGAGAACACACUGGUCUUGCUACCGGACGGCUCGUACAUCGAGUUCAUCGCCUUCGUGCCCGGCAUUGAUCCCGAGAAGCGCGAGGGCCACAAGUGGGGGAAGGCUCGUGAGGGGACUGUUAUCGACUGGGCCCUGACGCUGCCGGGGAGCGCCGGCGACGGUUUGGGUGAGCAAACCAGGGCGUUCGUCAAAAUCCAGGAAGCCGUGCGCGAGACCGGGACCGGCAUCAUCUAUGGGGAUCUGGUGGCCGGGGGGCGACACCGGCCGGACGGGCAGCAGCUCAAGUGGGCCGUCGCCGGCGCGUACCGAGACCGAGACGGCAGGCUGGAGGCCGUGGACCCGGGACAGCUUCCGUUCUGGUGCCUGGACGAUACGAAGCGGGAGCUUCGCGUGCCUUAUAUUAAGCCCGGGGUCUCGCAACACCCCACCGGCGCGGUCGGCGUGGCUCUGGUGUCUGUGACCCCGGAUGAUCAAGCCGAAGCAGAGAGGCUCGACAAGGCGUACGGCGCCAUCCUCGGCGGCGACGAGGCAGAGUCGGACUCGAUCUGGGACCUCAAGACUCUGGCCGGUGAGGCGCUGCAUGCCGGCGGCCAGGUUCGCCUCGGGGCCGCCGCGGACAAGGCACGUCUGUCGAUAUCGCUAUUCACAGGUUCGGGCGCUUUUGUUGGCAAGAAAGUAGGUGGGAAGGUUACAGAUGACGUGUCUCUGGAGUUCGAGUUUAUUGCUGCCAAAUAA